AUGCGCUCGCCUGAAGGAUCUCGCCAAACUUGGGCUGCAAUCUGGAAAUCUCUCUUUGCCGUUGGUAUCUUCGCGCAGGUCACGAUACUUCUGGCGUUUUUAGGCUCCUAUUUGGGUUUCUACACUCAUGAGACCUUGCCAUCCUCGAUCCGUGCCUUUACCAGCACUUCCAACAACGAUGGUUUGACCUUGCGACACAUUAUUCAUCAUGGUGCGGGCCAGCCGGGACCGCGUGCGAGGAGGUUGGACGUGACGUCCGAUAGGAUGGUCCAAGCUGAAGCUGUCGGCGAAUUCGGACCCUUUGUUGUCAAAAAGGCCUCGAUCACCAUCGAGAAGCCCUCAAAGAUUUACAAGUAUGAUGGCCAGAGGCCAAUGUGGUCCACGAUGUCGCCAUUGUGGGUCGCCGAAGAUGUUGCUGGUCCGGAUGUUGAAGAUAAGGAUACAGUAAUCAGUCUGGCUUCGAUGUCAGAGGACGCCUAUAAGCCUGGCCCAGAGGAUCCGGAAUGGAUGGACGUCGACGAGAACUACAACUCGUCUGUGCCGUUCGGCUGGGAUGACAGCGGCAUUAGAGGCCAUGUCUUCACCGACGACACGAACUCCACCAUCAUUCUAUCGGUUAAGGGUACCACGGUCGCCAUGUUCGAGGGAAACGGAACCUCUGGUCAUGACAAAGAAAACGAUAACUUGUUCGGCUCCUGCUGCUGUGGUCAGGGUGGCUCGUAUUGGUGGAAACAGAGUUGUGACUGCAUGACCGGCACUUAUUCUUGUGAUGACAAGUGCGUUAGGGAAGAGCUGAGGAAACCGAAUAGGUAUUACCUCGCGACAGUCGAACUGUAUGAAGAGGUACUGCGCAUAUAUCCCGAUGCGAACAUCAUCACGACCGGACACAGCUUGGGUGGCGUGCUGGCCUCGCUGAUUGGAUUGCAGCAUGGCAUCCCGGCAGUCUCGUUUGAAGCAUAUCCACAAGCCAUGGCAGCAAAGCGACUUGGACUACCUGUAGCUGGGGAUGUCGCUCCACUUCGGAAGAACACGGGAGGCUUCCACUUCGGACAUACAGCUGACCCAGUCUACAUGGGUACCUGCAACGGCUUCUCAAGCUUCUGCUCCAUCGGCGGCUAUGCGUUCGAAACGAUAUGUCACACUGGAAAGCGCUGUGCCUACGACGUUGUGAAAGACUGGGGGUGGAGGCAAAGCACGACAACGCACCGCCUCAGGUACGCAAUUGACAACGUGUAUAAGAAGUAUGACAAGGCAGCAACGUGUGUCGAUGAAGACGUCACAUGCGUAGACUGUUUCCUCUGGAAAUUUGAAGAUGGGACGCACACCAAGCCUGCAACAACAUCGACAGCUACGCCCACAUCGCGUACCAGAACGAGGACCGAGACCUGCAAAACGCCCGGUUGGUGGGGAUGCCGUGAUGAGACCUCGACAAUCGCAACCGCAACCGCAACCGCGACGUUGACAAAUCCUGUUAUAACAUCGCCCCCGGAAUCAAGCAUCAGCACAUGCAAGACGCCUGGCUGGUUUGGCUGUAAAGACAAAACCACCUCCAUAACGCCCAGCUCUUCAGCAGAAACAACGACUACAACAUGUACGAGCAAGGGCUGGUUUGGUCGAUGUGCUGACGAAACGCCCGUUACGACGACACCAGCAGUAGAAGGACAUGCCUACUAUCGCACAGCACCAACAGUGACUCAGACAGCACCAUAG